AUGGGCUCGGGCUACUACCGGAGUCUGUCCCCCGGGAGGCACCAGUACUUGGACGACCCGAUGCGGGCUUCCACGGGCAUGAUGCACCUGGGCUCGUCCUACGACCCGUACGAGAUCCCGAGGAGCCGCGAUGGUUAUGACGGUUACCCAUCGGAUGUGCCGCACCGGAACUCAUCCACCCGUCUCCCCAGCCGCCGACUCGAAGCCCAGCCCGUGUCCUCGCAAACCUACCGAGAUCCGGGCCAGUCGACCAAAAGGCGGACCGAGUACAACGUUCGACCGAGGCCCAGGAGCAAUACUCUGGAAACACCAGACCAGUAUGACACGCCUGUGAGACUUGCGGUGCCUUCUUCUUCGUCCCAUCGCCGGCCGUCGCCAGUGGCCACUUCUGGUCUUCAUCAUUCGCCCAGUCCAUCGCCCCGGGACUCUGGUCAAUACCUGGUCCCUGCCUCCACUCGAGAUGGAGGGCGUCAUCGCCGAGUUUAUAGCACCGACUAUGCGAGUGAUACGGGCCGGCCACAUCCCUAUGAUGCGGAUCAACGAACAGGUCACCGUGGCUACCGCGUUCAUCAACGGAACCACCGCCCCCAUCCAGCAUAUGAAGGUAUGAGAAAGGGUGAGGAUCUUGAUGACUACGAUGCAUACUCCUAUACCACCCCCAGAGAGCAGUUUGAUGUGGACUAUCCGGUCCGGACGAGCCAGCGAGCGCCUCGGCGCAAGGAACGACCGCUCAGCAUGACGGAGAUGGACGAUCCCCCACCGUGGCUGGUGCGUAGCAAGGAGCCCCGGUCUCACGGGCCGCCGCCAAGCUAUCGUGGUUUUGACAAGCUCGACCCUGAACACGAAGGACGCCCAAGAAACUCGGCCUAUGGCGCGGACGAUGGUCAUGCUGCGUCCAGAUCGAAACGAGGGCCGUACGACCAUGCUCUCGUUCCGGUUCACCAUGACUCCGAUGAGGGCUACUCUUCACAUCCAGAAAGAUACAGCCGUCACCAUUCCCGGCGCGAUCCUCCCAGGUCCCAUCACAAGGGGGAUCAUGACCGAUAUGCGGAUGAUAGACCUUCUAGGAGGCAUACAGAUCUGGACCGGUUGGCCCCAGGACUAGGCACAGUGGCCCUGGCUGGUGGUGCCUAUUCAGAUAUGGAGGACUACGACCACCAUUCCUCCAGACGCAGCCGUCGAAACUCUCGCGGCUAUGACCGCGACUACGGUCGGGUCAAACCCCCAUCCCGGGAGCCAGACAGCCCCGAACACAACAAGCAGUUAUACCUAGAGCCCGGCUCCAGCCAUGACCGCAGUCGACCAAGCAGACGCUCUCGAAAGACCGCCGAGAGUGAAUCGGAGACAUACACCUCCGACGAGGAUCUUCGCAACUACCGGCGCGAACCAUCUGCAUCAGAGCGUCGCAGACACAGCAGCACAGACAGUUCCAGUGAAGCUGAUCGAUCAAGCAGACGUACCCGGGACCGCUCGUCGCACCGGCGCCGGCCCUCUGGGCCUGAAAGACCGUCGGAUGAUGGACACUCUCACGACGCUCGACACUCGCCGUCCGUUGAUGACAAGCCGAGAAGACCCAUCGCAGUUGAGCCACCCAGUUUCAAAGAACCCGAGGCUGCCCGGAAAGGUAUCCUGAAAGCCCCUCGGCCCAGCUUCCCCGAGGAACGCAACCCUGUGCGCGAAGGUGUCGCGCCGCUCAAAGAUGCCCAUGACCAGGGGAUUCCGCCGGGUGCGCGAUGGACGAAGAUUGAUCGGAGGCUCGUCAAUCCCGCUGCCCUGGAAAUAGGUAAUGAGCGGUUCGAGGAGCGGUCGGACUAUGUUAUUGUCCUGCGAGUGUUGAGCAAGGAGGAGAUUCAAGCGUAUGCUAUCAAGACGAAGGAGAUUCGAGACACUCGGCACCAAGAGUCCGUUCGAGACAGGCGUCGUCACAGGGACGAGUCUCGUCGUCGUGGCCAACGCCCUGACGAGUCGUCGAGUGAUAGUGACGACGAGGAUGAAGAAGAGGAGGCUCCGAAGGCGAUUGAAGCUCCGCCGCAGCCGACCUCAGAGCAAGACAAGCUUUCUUUGCCCUUGCGGCCGCGCGCAUCGAGUCACACGGCGACUGAAUCUGAGCGGCCUCGGAUGAGCUCUUCUACUGUGCCCGCCGACGGAGGAUCUCACUAG